AAAGUCCUUUUCUUUUCACUUAUAAAACAAAAUGAAUAACAAGAAAGUUCAAUUCUCUUGCGAUGUUGAGUUUAUCGCUACUUUUGCCAAUGAAGAUUAUGAUCGAACAGCACAAGAAGUUGCCAAAUUAACUUAUAAAGACAUGCUUGAAUUGUUAACAAUGAAAUCACAAUGGAGAAGAGACAUGGAACGUAUGUUGGCUGAACGAGCCAGUCUAGAAGACGAAAGCAAUGUUGAAGACGAUUCAGCCAGUGAUUCAUCCUCUACAUCAUCCAGUUCUAAUUCAAGUUCAUUAUACAAUGUUCAUGAAAUCUGUAUCUAAUCAAUUCUUAUUCCCCUUUUCUUCCCUACCCCCCCCCUUUUUUCCUAUAUACACACACACACACACACAUCUAUCUCUAUCUCUUUUUUUUUAUUACGCAUACAUACGCACAUUUAUGCGAAAGAAACAUACUUUAUUUCUUUCAUGUAAAAUGUUAUACCGCUUGAAGAAGCCCCCCUUUUUUUUUACUAUAUAUAUGUAGUCCAUCUAUAUAUAUAUAUGUAUAUGUACCAUUACCAUGACUCCUUAAAGGGAUAGAGAUAGAGAAGACAGAGCGAAUUCUCUUUUUCAAUCUUUUUUUUUUUCUCUGCAUUUUCUUUUUGUAAUAUAUCUUUUGUUUCUCCUCAAAAUAAAUUAUUGUUAAUGUUCCACACAUCACAUUUUGAU